AUGCAGGCCACUGCAGUGGUGGAGACAGCUUCUGGUGAAGGCCACCACAGUAAUGGAGGAAGCAGCCAAAAAGAUGAGCCUUCUGAUCCUAAGAAAGAAAAUGUAUUCUCUUCCAAUGGUUGUAAUGAAGCCAGAUGGACUUUUCUUGAUGACUGGGAUUUCUCAGCACCAAAACAAAGAACUAAUGACAAAAAUAUCAGCAGUAUUGACAAAAUGGAUUUGCUGGCGCCAUAUCUUAGUGCGAGUCCAGGCACCAACACAGAGCGUCUUCACUAUCCGUCAGAUGAGUCUGAAGACAGUACUGACUAUGCUUCCUUAAAUGAAACAUUCUUCACACAGUAUUCAGACUCAAAAUUGAAGAAUGAAAAUCUUUUUCUUUCAGAUUCAGAAUUCGAUUCUGAAAUGCAGAAAAGGGAGGAGGUGUUUUUCGAUCUUUUGGAACAUCAAGGUAAUAAGAUUAUUGGGUUGGAAAGAAUCUUCAAGAUUUCAGAUGAUGAUUAUAAAGAAACUGAAGAUGUGCGAAAGCAUGAUAAAGAUGAAGACGUACAGCAGGAAUACCACACUGUGGAAGAACCAGAAUAUCUAAGUAACCAUUUAUCUUUGGACCGAGCAAAAACAUCAAACAUGUCUAAUCUGGAAGUUGUUGGAUUAAGAAAUUCAGGUUAUGACAUUAAAUGUGCUAGCAACUUAGAAGUUAAUCAUGUUGAAUUGGAAAGCACUAGCAUCUCUUUAGAUUCAGUUGAUGUUUAUGGACAAGAAGAUUCACCUCUUGUCUCUAAAUUUCAAAAUUCUGUUAUGUUAAGAGAAUAUCAUGAACCAAAGUAUGAAAAGUAUAAGGAACAAGAGACUAGUUUAAUGUACCACACAGCAUCUGAUGAAAUUGUACUGAGUAGUCUUCCUGAAAACCAGAGAUACCAAUCUAAGACUGGUUUCUUGAACCCUCAGAAAGCAUUAAAAACUAAGGUUUAUACUUGCAAAAUAAAAUCUGAGGUAACUGAAACGAAAGAUUUUUGUGGAAAUGCAAAGGUUGAGAACAGAAUGUUACACCUUGAAGAUCUUAACACAUUACCACCGUUCAGAGCUUUGGAGACAUUACAACAACCCUAUAAAGAUUAUCAAACUUCGUGGACCUCUAUAUUUGAUGAUUCAGUCAUUUCUGCCUGUGGAUAUUCACAUUAUAAAAGCCUACAAAACAUUCCUAACCCAGCCUUAGAUUUUUCCCUUGUUCUACCAAGGAUUGGAGUCAAAGAUAAUCAGGCAAUAAAAGAAGAUAACUCCCUAAAAGUUGCUAAUGCCAAUACCACAAAUAAAUGCUUUCACGAUGUGGAAGGGACAUGCCCUGAGUCCGUGAUAGGGGCAGCACAGUGUACAGUCACAGUUAAUCAGACAGUGGACGUUAGCACUGACUUUAGGGGUUGUUUCACAACCAGCAGAGCGACAAGUGCGAGACCUUCCAUGGUGUCCACAUCAAGCAACACAGAGAUGACCAUGAUGAAUCGAAAAUGGCCUGGUGAAUGGCAAAGCGAGAAACAAACAAGUGUGGCCUGUAACACAGAUUGGUUAUGUGGUCAAGACAACGAAGAUACACAGAUGGCUGUGACAAAGGGGUCCCUGGGAAAAUCUCUCUCAGAUAACAUUUUCAAGCCUAAUGGCAAUUUUCUAAAUAAGGGUUCCCUGGAAUUAAGAAAAACAUUUGCUACUGCAGACUUAAAGGAACGUCCUGAGACGGAACCUCAACUUUCUAAAGAAAUGGAGAAGAAUUUGGAGUGCUGUCAGAAUACAAUGCAAAGAGCCAUCAAGGCAGAGAUGCACCUUUUAAACGUUCAGUUUCAGAUGUGUUAUCACCAUUGUAUUGAUAUUUACAAACUUAUAAUGGAAAAUCAUGGAUUAAAUAGCAAUUUAUCGAGUAAUUCUAAGAAGGAAUUAGGAUCAGCACUACUGUCUGCUUUGGGAGACUUAAAAGUUAGACAUGUGAAUUUGAAAGAAAAAAUAAACAAGGGCAUACCACUGGAAGAGCUGCCCCCACUGUCAGUAGAAGCAAAAUUAUUAUCUACCUUCUCUACUUUUGCUUCCAGGCUAAUGAAAAAAGAAACACAUACCUUUUCAGGAGCAGAUUCUGCACUAGAUAAUCAAAGUACAUGUGAUGUUGACGUUUCUUCGAGCCUAAAACAGACACUCUCCCAAGUGUCUUUAUCAUCUGAUACUAGUCACCCCAACCAAGGCAUGUUGCCCAAGGAAGCUAGUUUAAAAAAUGGUGGUAUGGAUGUAUACUUUCAUCAACUAAAACUUGAUGAUAAAGACUGCAAAAAUUAUCAAGAAAUGAGUGAAGACUGGUUUGAUGCUGAAGAGAACCUGAUAGGAGUUGACUUCUCAGGAAUACAAGAAAACGCAAUAGAACAAGGUGGAGGGGACCUGAAGGUUACACGAGAGAAAGAGAGUGUUGAGCCCUUACGACGAGAUAAAGGUUACUUCAUACAUGUUGGCGGUCUCUGCCCCUCAGUGUCCGAGGCUGACUUAAGAUCUCAUUUCCAGAAAUACCAAGUUUCUGAAAUUUCAAUUUAUGAUUCUUCUAAUUACAGAUAUGCAUCUCUUGCUUUAAAAAGAAACACUGAUGCAAAGAUGGCUGUGAAAGAAAUGAAUGGGAUAGAAAUAAAUGGAAAAUCAGUAAAUGUGCGGCUUGUUAAAACUCCUGGAGAUUGUAUAUCACCACUUUCCUCCAGAAAUGGACAUAGAGCUAGUUUGAAUAUUUUAGAGAAAAGGACCAGCAAAGAAAUCAACUCAGCUUCCUCCAUUUCUAGAUUGCCCAGAACUCGGCCAAGGCAGCUGGGAUCUGAGCAAGACAGUGAGUUCUUCCAUUUGGACCAGAAGUGUGUCAAGAAGAAUUGUAAACAGACUGAAUCUACUAAUUCAUUACCUGAUACACCUGCUCAAUUCAUACCUCCAAAUACAUUGAACCUACGUAGCUUUACCAAGAUCGUGAAUACACUGGCUGAACUACAUCCAGAAGUUAGCAGAGACCGUAUUAUACAUGCUCUUCAGGAAGUAAGAAUAAAUCAUAACGGUUUUCUGAAUGGCUUAUCUAUUAAUACUAUUGUGGAAAUGACUUCAUCUGUUUUGAAAAACUCUGCUUCCAGUUAGGAGUAAGAGAAGCAA